GCCUUCACGCUGAUUCGCUGAUCACCUCGUAUUCUCGAUUUGGCAAUGUUUAUCGAUUGAAAUUCCCUUUUUUUGCAGCACUAUUAUGGGAGGACAACAAUCAAAACAGCCCCGCAGUGUCUCCUACGAAAACGACUCAACGGAUGGCUUGAUCGACAUCUCCGACGACGUUGUGAACCGCCUCAAGGGUCAGCGAGCGGAACAGCGAAAAGACGCAAAAUCACAAGAAACGAGCCGCAAACCGGAAGUUGUCGUUCCGCAUGUCGUGCCGACAACACGUCCCGUAGCUGCGGGAUCGGCGCCUGCCUUUUUCCACUAUGCCGAACCGUCGCUCACGUCGAUGCAAGUGCGCAAGGAAAAGGAAGCCGAACUGAAGGCGAACGACGACUACUGGAAACAAACGCUCGCAAAACGCGAAGCGCAAUUCAAACAAAAUGAUGCCGCCAUGGAAAAGGAAUAUAAUGACACUAUCGACAAUGUGAAAAAACUUUUUGAAAAUGCCCCAGCCACAUACCAACCGGCUCCGUGUCAGGAAUUCCGGGCAAAACUGAUCGCAUGUUACAAGCAGCACUCGAAGGAGAGCCUGCAGUGCGCGCAAGAAGUCAAAGACUUUACAACUUGUGUCGAUAAGAAUCGCGUGCAAUUGCUGGAUUCAAAGUAUGCGGCAUCCGACAAAAAGUGAAAAGCCCUUUUUCGGAGUUUUUAGGUUCAAGUUGUUGUAAAAAGAAAAAAAAAAUAAUAAUAAAAAUCAAAAAAUUUAAAAAAAAGUGAG